AUGGCGAAUCGUCGCAAGUCACUCGAGGUGCCAAUCCUCGUGCACAACCGUCCAUCUGUCGCAAGCAACGGUCUGAACAGCGUCGGCCGCGCUGCUGCGCCGAGGUACGGCGACCGGGAGGACGGUGACUGGCGUAGAAUGGAGCAGCAGCAGCAGCAGCAGCAGCAACAGCAGCAACAGCAGCAACAACAGACCCGGGACAGAAACGACGAGCCGCAGCAGCGGUGGCAGCCGGCACAGCAGCCGGCCGUUGCUGACGACGACGACUAUUACGACGGCGGCGGUCGCGCGUCCGCGGAAUGCGAUGAUCUAGCCAGUAGCGGAGGCAGCGGCAGCAGCGACGUGUGGGAGGGCGCUGACGAUGGGUACGACGGGGAGCGGGAUCCGCGUGCUUACGCGGACGGCGACUGGCGCGCGCAACAGGGGGGAAGAGAUAACAUAGCCCGCGGGGACUUGGGGAUGGGCGGCGGAGGCGGAGGGGAGACUCGGGGAACGGGGGGAGGCGGACGCGGCGGCGGCGGCGGCGGGGGGGGAGGUGAUGACGGGGACGCGCGGGGCGGGGGAAUGGGGGCGGAUUACAUGGAUGGCGCGGACGGGGAGGGGGAAGGCGGGGAGGGCGAUAUAAGCUGGCUGCGGUCGGUGGCCGGGCCUGAUUCGGACGACACUGUGUGGGUGAAGCUUGCGCUCGUUGGCGACCCGGAUUGCGGAAAAUCGAGCUUCAUGGCGAGUGGCGGCGGUGGAGGCGGCGGCGGAGGGGGAGGAGGGGGAGGAGGGGGAAGGGGAGGAGGGGGAGGAACGGGAAUGUGGUCAGCAGCGUAUGCGCCGACGGUGGGAGUGGAGUGUCACCAUCACACCAUCGCUCUGCCUGCCUCCCCCACCCCUGCCACCAUCGCCAUUACCUCCUGGGAACUCUCAGGUCGGCGCCAGUUCACCUCCCUGCUGCCCUUUGUGUGCAACGAUGCGGCAGCGCUGCUGCUCUUCUUCGACCUCACUCGCCCCUCCACGCUUCGCAGCAUUCAGUCAUGGUACUUAGAAGCUCGGGCCCUCAACCAGUGUGCUCUGCCUGUGCUCGUGGGCACCAAGUUUGACAUUUUCUUGCUGCAAGCACAGGAGACGCAGCACCGAGUUACCAAGCAGGCAAAGCUGUGUGCGAGGGCCAUGCGCGCCCCGCUCGUGCUGUGCUCUGUGCCGCACAGAGUGAACGUGCACAGAGCCCUGCGCCUCAUCCUCUCGCGCCUCUUCAGCCUUCCAGCACCGCAUCAACCGUGCACCACCUCUGGCGAGCCCCUCCUCUUCCCAUGA